ACGAAUUUCGCUUUAAAACAACAUAUUUUACAGUAAAACAUUCAGCUAACGUCACUGUAACACUAAUUUUCUCAAUAAAAAUGUAAAAGAAAAACGUUUAAUAAGCUAUUUAAGGCGAAUAUAAACGCUUGAAAUUUUAAACCGUUACGGUCAUAAAACGAUGUAUUUUAUUUGCUACGACACACGAUUUUGCGUUUUUAAAACCCAGACAGUUGGAUCGCAAAGAGUAUUUGUCAAGAUAGACGAAAAGCAUAUUUAGUUAAAACUUGUUAAUAUGUUUAAAAUUGUACUUCUUGAACUCCACCUGUGUAUCUAUAGCCGUUAUAUAGUUUCCGCUCUGUUUUCCUUGUCAUCAAUAGCAAAAUAAACGAACGGUUGGUGCGCGCGCGCUACGCGCGUCCUGCCUGUUCCCGGGCUCGUGAGUGAGUGAUAAUGCGCCCGCGGGGGAGAUGGAGUGGUAGGCGGGAAGGUUGUCCACCGUCCCCUUGCGUUUUCUAAGUUGCUUUGCAUGUCAAACGUAUCAGUACUAUAUUCAUACAGCUUGACUGCUGAUUCUAGCGGUUCACCUGAUAGAGUCUUGCCCAAAACGUUUGCUUUUAUUAGUGUGAAGAUUCAAACUGGGGCUGUUGAAGAUACUGUUAGCCUAAACUAAGAAUUUUCCUUAUAAAACGUUGUUUUGCUUUUUUUGCUUUAAUAGCGAUCGAGAUAGAACCACAGAUGUAUUGCAGAUAAUUUAGGGGUCGCUGCUGUCAGUUCUCCACAACUCUUCAGUACACUUGGACACGUAAUUUUUUAGUAAUGUUUGUAGCGCCCUUAUAAUUGGUCCAAGUUGUAUGUAACCUUAUCUUAGCAGUGGUAGUAACGCAUUGUAACAGCUUAUAACAUUACAUAAAUGCUUAAAAAUAACUGAGGAGCGCUAAAACAUGUUUGUUGAGGUUAGACCAAAACUCAUGUUUCCCAUAUUUAAUGCAGAGAUAAAUUAGUUUUGUUGAUGUGUGGCUGUGUGUUUUUGAUUUUGGAUUAGUAUUGUUUUUGAAUUUGUUUUUUUUUUAAUGGUGUUUCCAUUUUUUUUUGUUACCACUGACUAAAUGUAUGUGGCAGUUAUAUUACAAAACAGGAUUUCUCAAUUACCUGGCUAAGCUGAUCCAAGUCAGCACUGUGGAACAGCCUUCCUCAUGCUGUCACGAGACAAGAUUGAAGAGUCUGAAAACCACACACUAGAAUUACUACUAACAUAAUUAAAAAAAAAAAAAAAUUAACAAUAAAACAACUGUAGGUCCAGAUCAUUAGUUAUCUAAUGCCAGAGCACAUACACAGUAUCUUCUGUUGUUGGAUGUGUGUUGCAAUAAUGAAGUAUUUGUCUGUCAGCUGAUGUUUCGGAGACUUCCAGCCCUGGGAUGUAUGAAGGGAAACACAUCCACUAUUCUGAGGUAGACCACAAGCCUCUGUGCUCAUACAGUCCAAAGCUGUGUAAACAGAGGCGGCUUAACGGGUAUGCUUUCUGCAUCCGCCAUGUCCUGGAGGACCGCACUGCCCCCUUCAGGCAGUGCGAAUACGUAGCCAAGUACAACAGUCAACGCUGCACUAACCCCAUCCCUAAGACCCAGGACCGCAGAUUUUGCAGCAGUCACCUGCAAGUCAUGGGUAUCCUGCCUAAGAAGGAGAGGAAGAAGAAGCAAGAUGCUCUUGAGUCUGUGGCCCUCAACAUCACUGUGCCCUCCCUGGCUUUGAAGACACCCAACGGGCUUGAGCGUCUGACCCCGUCCUCACCUUCACCCCUGGCUUGCCUGCUGCCCCUGGCGCCCUACGCCUUCUGCAAGGGGGAAAAAGCAAAGAAAGAUGGAAGUAGCCUUGGGAAGAGGCCACUGAGCCGCCCUGCUCCAAAUCCCAGACAAAAACCUAAAGACCAUGCCGCAGUCCCAGGGAUCUCCCCUUUGUUCCCCUCCACCUGUCGCCUUCACCCUCCUCCUUCGCAGAAUGGAGGACCUGGGCAGAUGUCUGUGGGUCCCACCUCCUCUCCUGCACCCAACUCACAGCCCCCAAGACCCUUUCUGGGGCUGCAGGGCAUGAUGGCUCCUGCUCAGACUGCCCGCCACACCUUAACCAGGCCCAUCGUCUCCAACCUCGAGCCGGAGAGGCUGUCGGAGCCUGUCCUCGCUAAAAUAACUCUACCCACCACUCCAGGCACAUGUGGGGAGCCAGUGAUGGUGCCCUCGGAUCCUGUACGACCGCCGGCUCAUUGUCUCUUGCAGCUCCAGAGACUGAUGGAGCAGCAGCGGAGAAAGCAUGAAGAUCUGAGCCCCAAUUUAGGGCUGGAUUGGUCAGAAGACAGUGAAGAGGAUGAUGAGAGCCUGGUGCAGAGAGUGGUAUCAUAUCAGUAUCAGAGCCUACAGGACAAGCAGUGUGAAAGCACUGGCGCUGGCAUCUCUCGUGGGGAGCGUUUGGCGGGGCUGUGCUCCUACCUAAAGCACAGACACACGCACCUGUAUAGAGAGGUGAGGGGCUACAGGAGGGCGAGGAGGGCUGACCACACUCUCCACAGGGCUCUGCUACAGGCUGCCACGCAGGACCCCGACCGUACUGCUCAGCUCAUUCAAAUGGGCCGGACUGAAGUUACAGCAACCUCUAGUUCUGCAGGGUCAUGGACUGGAGUCUCACACUCAGGACUUUGCGUGGCCCAGGUUAAUGGCAAAGCCUGCACUAACCAGUGCCUGCCUUUGACCAGACAUUGCUUCCAGCACAUUCUGCAGAGCGGCAACCAGCAUCUCUUCUCUAGCUGCACGGCACGGUUUGCUGACGGUGCACAGUGCUCCAUCCCCGUCCUCGACAUCACGCACCAGACGCCACUCUGUGAGGAGCAUGCCAAGAAAAUGGAUAACUUCCUUUGCGGAGACGUCCGUCGCAGGACGUACCACCGCCACCAGCAGCUGCAGCAGUGCCGGCGUCUGAAGAAGACCAAACUUCCCGCGCUCAGCAGAAAGCACAAGAAAAAGGGCCGAAGGGGAGCCAUCUGUCGGCCCCAGAAGCCCAUUCCCCCUGCGCUGCCUCAGGGCAUCAAGGGAGUGCCGUCCAUCCUGUGCCUGUCGACGCAACCCAAAGGCAUCAGGAGUCCCUUGACACCUGACCUGAGUGCUGAUGAAUUUCCCGAUGACAUCACUAGUGACAUCAGCGAUAUUCCUCAUGACCUGGAACUGAAUCAGGAAGACUUCUCUGAUGUCCUUCCACGAUUCCCGGAUGAUCUGCAAGACUUUGAUCUUUUUGAAGGUAAAACCAGUGAGCUCUUACCCACUUCUGAGGAAACUGAGGAGUUAGUGCGAGUACUACAGGCCAUGGGCUCCUACCCAGAAUCCCUUGCAUGUUUGAGUGGCAUGACUGAGUUAGGCCCAGUGGAGGGGUCAGACUGUCGUGGGAUGGAGGGGUGUGUUGUGGACCUGCUUAGUGCCCGCCUGUCUGCUGAGACCCUGUCCAACUUGGAACUGGACCCCAGUCUCCUGCCUGCCACGGAGGACGCCUUUCCCCCUUCUCCGGCUUCUCCCCAGCCCCCUCUCACCCCCCCUUCCUCAGUUGGCUACAUGGCUGAUGGUUUGCCUCCACAGGUACAGCCCCCCUGCCACCUCCUACCCAAAACAGAUAAUCCCAGACAGGACCUGUUGCCCCUCACCCGGGAUGAAGACAUCUCCCAUGGCUCCUGGGGUGUGCUCGCCCUGCCGAUCAGUGACGUGUCCUCAUUUCACAGUCUAAUCACCUCGGACGGCCUGCUGAUGUCCACAACCCUGGCCACGCCCCUGACUCCCACGCAAUCAGCCCCAUGCCAGCCACCUGCCACGCUCUCCAACCUUCCUGAGAGCAGCCUGACCAUCCCAGCCACCGCACUAUCAUCCGCCUCCUCCUCUCCUUCUGCUCCCCGAGUGGACCUUUUGCGCCCCGGCCAGCUCAAACACCCACUCCCCCCUCUGCUGAACCACUGCAGGAUCCCGGCCGACCUCCACCCUCACCUCAGUGCCCCAGCUCCCACGGUGGACCGGACCUGAGCCACCGUCGGGCGAGUGCACAGCCCCGGAUGUCUCAGUAUUCAGGGAGGUUUCUUUCUCUUUUUUUUUUUUAACAAACAAAACAAAAAACUUUCACAGAUUCUUCUGUUUUGGCUUCUCUACCAAUCAUCUUCAGCGUUUUUAGACAGUUAGCAAUAAAAAUCUCCAUGAUAGUCACGUUUAUUUUCUAUGACGAACAUAAACAGAUUUUAGCCAUGGAAACAUACCACUCGUAUGUGCAUAUUUAAUAUAUUUAUAGAGUAGUGAUCUGCACAAAUAGUUUUACUAAUGAGUGAAAAUGUGUGGUUACUGGUGGAGUUGUGGUUCCUUGUGUAGAAAUGAUGUUGAAUGGUUAAAUCACCCACGAACAAGAUUCAGGGAAACAGGCCACAGAUGUAUCAUUUAUCCUUCUCUCUUAUCCCCUAAUGAUUAAACUGGUGGUAUUGGCAGAUGAUGAUUGUGCUUUUAGUAGCCUUUAGGCAACGGGUUUCUGCUUUUAAUGUGAGUGCCAUGCAAGCUAUGUAAGUUUCAAAAUCAAUGUAGUGCAAAUUAAUAAACAUUUACACAUGCUGGUGUCAUGUAGAGAAUAGCUAUAAAUAUGCUUGAAAUGUCAUGAUCAUCAAUGUCACGUACUGUCGAAGUAAUGUAACACUGAUGUCAAGAUUCCAUAUCUUUUUGUUGUAGCUUUUGGCAUAAGCUUUCAUGUUUGUGGUUUAAGUUACUGAAGGCACAGCUCGUGUUCGAGUGUUCUGAGCAGCUCAGUAACCCUCCAUGCUAACGUGGUAGUCGAUCUGAGAAUGCUCAGUCAUGCUCUACAGAGCUCUCUGCGACUGGUUUUGAUGCCUAAUCUACACACAGCUCUGUUUCACACAUUGGAUGAAUAUCUGUUUUCAGUUUAAAGUUUGUCUUGAGCACAAAGAGAGAAAACAGGACAGUAAAGUAGAAUGUGUGUCAACAGCGCUGCGCUCGUCAGCGUGUGUAACGAUAUGCUAUCCUUACGAAGAGAGAGAAGCUGGUAUAGAUUUCAUUUUAUUCUUGUAUUCAGUGAAUGUAUUGAACCUCCAAAAGAUUUGUUUAUUAUAACCCAAUACAAUUUAACAGUACUCUGCUGAAAGGUAUUUCUAUGUAAUGACAUGUUUACUUUUUGUUACUAAAGUGUGUGGAUGUGGGUAUGUGGUAAACACACGUAUGAUAAAUGAUCUUUUUUGUUUGUUUUUGUUUUAUUUGAAACAGGUAAAUUAAAUCUGCUAUAAGCACA